UGACAAUGGCUGUAAGUCGUAAUAUUUAACACUUUUGCCUUUUCUUUAUGUCAAAUAUACUUCAUAUAGAAGAAAAAAAAAGUCAGUUUAAUAAAAUUAAGGUUAUGUCUAUAUAAAAUGGUCUUUUUAACAGUCGCGAAUUGGGUUCGAGCUCGCGGACCCGAUGAAUUUUGGAGGAAAAGAAAAAUAUUUAGAUUAGCUGCACAUUACAUAGGACGGCGAAGGAAUUGUUAUUCAGUUGCAGUCCGUAAUGUCCAUCGAGCAUUAGUAUAUGCAACCAAAGCUCGUCGAUUAAAAAAACAAGAUAUGAAAGCUCUUUGGGACACUCGCAUAACAGCAGCUUGUGAACAGCACAAUAUUACAGCUUUCUCUUUAAGGGAGGGAUUAGAUCGUGCAAAUAUAAUGUUAGAUCGUAAAUCGUUAGCUGAUUUAGCAGCGUGGGAACCGCAGACCUUCAAAUGUCUUGCUGCUGUUGCUCAAGAAAAACUACGUCUCGAAGGCUUUAUUGAUGGAACUGAUAAAAAGGAACCGACUGGAGUAACUUUAAACCUCAAGGAUGUAAUGUUAGAUGCUUGGCUUAAAGAAAAGAAAUAAUUUCUAAUAGUAGUUUUAUUUUAAUGAAUAUAAUAAAUAGUUUUAUAGUCUAGA